UCGUCGGCACCUGCAGGGUGCGCACCCCAAUGCAUUCCCUAUCCAGUCUAGCUACCGCCUAGUAGCUCCAGCUCAUCCAUCAUCCUCUCAUAAUCACCGACGACGAACAUGUCCUCAGGCUUCGUCUCGGCCGGCAGAAUCAACGAUGAAACGAAGCAAGAGGGCAGCUCGAGCUCAAGCCUAAGCGCGAAACACGACACGGCCAACGACGAGGCAUGGCGCAAGGUGCAGCAGGAACUGGCCGAGGCGAGGGCGCGCAAGGAGGAAAGCGUGCGGGAGGGGAAUGAGGGGAAGAGUCUGUAUGAGGUUUUGAUGGCUAAUAAAGCCGCCAAGCAAGAAGCCUUCGAAGAAUCCAUCCGCCUCAAGAACCAGUACCGCGCCCUCGACGACGACGAAGCCGAGUUCCUCUCUACCAUCCUCGAAGAGAAGCGCAAGCAGGAAGAUGCCGUGAAACGCGAGACGGCCGAAGAACUGGAGCGAUUUCGAAGGCAGAGGGAAGAGGGGGAGAAGGUUGUGUGGGUGGCGCCGGGCAAGAAGAGGAAGAGGGCCGGAGGGGAAUUGUUGAAGGGCGUCAAGGUUAGGAGGACUAGCUCGGCGACUGCGGACGCGGACGCGGACGCGGAAGUGGAUGCGCUUGCGAAGAGCAAUGAGGCCAAGAAUGAUUCGACGGCGACGCGGACGGCUGCGAAUGCUACGACCCCAACAUCGCCAGAGACGCCGACGCAAAAAGAGAGCAAAACUGCUCCUGAAGGGAAACAAGCUUCGCCGUCGGCGGGAGACAAGGUCCCGGAUACGUCUGCGACGAAAUCCAAACCGAAACCUCAGCCGACGGCACCGAUAGGUCUUUCGCUAGGCUACGCGGAUUCCGACGAGGACGAUUGAAGGACGAUUGAUGGAUUGGUCGACCUGCUUGUACCUCCACCGUUCGGUUGUAUUGCUCGGCUCAGCUGCAAUUCCCAGAGUUACCAACGCUCCUGCUUUGCUGGAAACAGCACAUCGCAGGACCUCAAUGCUUGAUUGUGCAUA